GAUGGCGCAAUCUUUAUAAAUUGACAAGAUGGCAGCGCCCAUGAAAAGAAAAUGUGACGGAUCUGGAACAAAUGUUUCACCGCCUGAAGGAGAAUUCCUUGUCAAAAAACAAAGUACGGACUGUCAGAUAUUUUUAUCAUGGUGCGAUAAAGAAGGAAUCCUUAAAAAUCCUAAGGUAACAGUAAGACGACAAGGAUCCUGUGCUCAGUGUGGUAUGAUAGCCCUGGAUGAUAUCAGUAAGGGAGAGAUCCUCUUUACCAUUCCCAGGUCAGUCCUACUUCAUCCAGGGACAUGUAGUCCAAUCCUAGCACAACGACUUGAACAAGAUGCAGAUAGUUUGGAAACAGACAGCGGAUGGGUGCCUCUUAUCCUAGCAGUGAUGUAUGAAUACACCAACCCCAGCUCAAAAUGGCGGCCAUAUCUUGAUCUCUUCCCAGACUAUACUGAACUUGAUCAACCAAUGUUCUGGGACAGAAAUUACAUGGAACAGGAAUUGAGAGGGACUGGUAUACCUGAAGCAGUGCAAAGAGAUCUCAGGAAUAUUGAUAGUGACUACCAUGAUACUGCUCUUCCAUUCAUCCAGAAAAAUACAGAUUUGUUCAGUGAGGAGAAACACAACUUUGAUCUUUACAAACGAACGGUAUCAUUCAUCAUGGCCUAUAGCUUUCAUGAAUCACUGGACUACGAUGAGGAUGAUGAUGACAGUGAUGAUGACGAUGAUGAUUAUCCACCCAUGAUGGUUCCCUUAGCUGAUGCCCUGAAUCACAUCGCUAAGAACAAUGCGCAUCUCAAGUUUGGCAAAGAAAGUCUCAGCAUGGUGGCUAUCAAAGACAUCAAAAAGGGGAGUGAAGUUUUCAACACCUAUGGACAAACAGCCAAUUGGCAGCUUCUUCACAUGUAUGGCUUUGCUGAGCAGUACCCAGAGAAUGUCUAUGAUACGGUGGAUAUUCCGCACAGAUAUCUGCUAGAAGAAGCUCAAUCACAUGAAGCAUUCAGUGCCACUCUGGACAAGAGAUGGGAGUUCUUGAAAGGAGUGGAAGCGGUGUCUGAUGAUGGAGCGUUUGUGGUGAGCGUGGAUGGAGUUCUGACCGAUGAAGAAAUGUUUCUGGCACUUACGAUUCUAACCCUUGACCAGGAAACUUUUGACAGCCUUGGACCAGAUGACUGUCCUAGUGCUGUCGAUGAUUCCUUUACAAAUGCCGAGCUUUGUAAUUUGCCAGAGACUUGGAGAAGGCUACUAACGGGUGCUGCGAAUCGAACCUUGAAAGCUUUCAAUGAUCAUCAUGCAAAGGAUACUAGCUCAGAAUUGCCAGAGCCAGAGGAGUUGGCCAAGCUGAGUACAAGAACACGCUAUUCUUUAUUUGUUAGGAUUGGACAGAGAAAGAUCCUGGAAAGACUGGUAGAUUUCUGUAGGAUUACCUGGUGAAGGAUAAGAGAGUCUGCUACGGAGGUAAAGCCAAAAAGGAGGAAACUGAAAAGCUUCAUCCUAGAGGAAUUCACAUAACCGAAACCAAGGGUAUGCCAUUUUCUAUAAGGAUUGUGGGGAAAAGACUGAUUUUUGGAGGAUUGCCUAGUUAGAAUUAGGAGAGAUGAUAUAAUUAUGAAAGACUAAGCUAAGUCUAAAGUGCACAGUGUUAUCUGUUUAUUAACAGAGAAAGAACCUUGAUAGAUUGCUUCAUUUCAGUUAGAUUACUCAGCGAAGGAAAGGAGAGAUAGAGGAGGAAGUUGAGAAUGAGGAAUAACAUGCAAGAUUUCUUUGGCAAGCACUGGUGCUACUCUCCUUCCUCCACUGUAGGCUGUUUGCACUGACAAAUUGGGAUUAUCUUUCAGUUACCAUAGUAUUAGACCAACCCCAGUGCACUUUUUAUCAGAUAUGACAUCUUGUCAAAUGAUAAAUAUUAACCAUUUUAGGCAGAUUGUAUAACAAUAUUUUUCAGAUUGGUUUAUUUGCUCCUCUACACAUUUGGUUCUCUCCCGUUUCAUCCUGAGAACCAUUUGAUCUAUUACAAAAAGACUGAAGCCCUUUUGACAAUGGCAUCUUUUAACCCCAGACUUUCUGUGGUACAUUAUUUUCAAUGGGAAUAAUGACCUUUUUCAUCUAAUUUUGGUCUGCAAACAAGAAGAGUAUACACGAUACAUUGUACUUGACUAUUUUCCCCAUCAUUUCAUUGGCUUGCUUGGUUCCAUGACUGUGACGUAAGCUCUGACUUUUUUCAGAACUUGUUGGUAUGGGACUUUCUGUGGGGCUUUCCCACUUUUACAAAAAACCAGAGUAAACAGGAAGCAGGUCAAGGAUGGUUAUGUACAAAUGAUGGGGUAAGGUCUCUUACCCUCUCUGGUGGUAUUGGAAUAAGUAAAAAUUCACUCUGUGAAAAAUGUAACAAUAUGUAAAAAUACCCUGUGUACAUAUCAGACCAGGGGGUGUUUCACAAAGAUUUAAGAAUGACUUAGAGUCGAAAUUAAAUGUCUAGUUGCCCGGUAUAAAAGGCAUGGCAGUAUUGGUCAGAUCAAGCCAAGAAGACAUGCACUACUGCGUAUUGAUCAAUAAGAUUGCGUAUUGCAUAUCAUGUACACGUCAGGAUUUAAGUGCAACCGAAGUCAUUCUUAAAUCCUUGUGAAACAUCCUCAGGGCCAGUUAUUUGACCCAAUGAGUAUGAUGAAUAAGUAUUUUAUCAUGUUU